UUGAGGGACAUGGCUUAGUGAGAACCAUUGGUGAUGGAAGGGUGGACGGUUGGUCUGGGUGAUCCUGUGGGUCUUUUCCAACCUUGGUGAUUCCAGGGUUCUAUGAACUAGGAAGGUUAAGGCCUCCUUAGAGUUUAACGUGGCAAGAGCGGUCAAGGACAACGGAAAGGGCUUCUUCAACUACACUGCAGGCAAAACUAACACUGGAGGCGAUGUAGGCCCACUGAUGAAUGAGGUGGGUGCCCUGGUAAGAGAAGCUACAGAGAAGGCGGAGUUACUAAAUGCCGCCUUUGUCUCUGUCCAUACUGCUGGAGGCUGUCCUGAGGAGCCUAGGUCUGCAUUGCUCAGAAAGGAGCAACUAUACCAGUGCCUGGAAUGCUAGCUUAUCAGAAUCCUGAAGCUGUGGGGGCACUGACCUUGACUGCUUCCCCCCCCCACCCGCAACCUGCUCUAUUGCUUACCCUCCUCGCUAUGGUGGGGUGAAUGAUAUGGUGGAAGAAGUCAGCUAAGGAGAGGGAGGUCACACACCAGGUACAGUGCUGCACAAAGCGGUUUCAGUUUGAAGAAGAUUCGUUUAAUUACCCAUGAAAAAAGAACUGGGGUAGUGAGAACUAAUAGCAAACAAAAACCGUUUUCCCAUCCUAACUCGUGCCCAGCUCAGGCACGUGAGGUAAGGAUGGCAGCAGCGCAUCUCAGGGAUGGUCCCCAAAGUGGUACAUGUGUUCACUUGUUGCCAAAGCUCCAAUGUGAUGUAUUUUUUGAUGAUACUCAAGUUAUGUCCGUAACUCCUCCCAUCCCCAUGCCGGGGGCUACUGCCAGCCUGCUUCCAUAUGGGCUGUGACCUCACAGAGUUCUCCCCACCCGCCGGACUAUGAUGUCAUGGCUCUGCCCAUGUAAGCCAGCGGCCAGCACUUUGUCCCUCCCAGUGCGGUCGUGACCGGCUUUGAGCGAUGGUUGUCGACAGCGUUCUCCUUAUCCCCAGCCUCCUGCUCCUGGUGGCUGGGCUGUCUCUGCUCACCACUUCCUGGUGCCGACAGGGUUCUGAGCGGCGCCGGCAAUGGUGGAGAUGGUGGCAGUGGGUGGAAGCAUCGAAGUCAGGUGAGUCCCCUGAGAGUCAGCCUGGCACAUUGCCAGGCAGGGCCGGCCCUCUGGGAGAAGCCAAGCUUCAUGCCAGCCUCUGUCAUGUAGCAGCCAGGCCAGGUGGGCCCGGAAGAUCGCCGGUGCCCCGUAACCUUCUGUGGCUCAGGCCCGCUCCCUGUUUUACAGGUGCUGAGAGGCGGGCAGGCAGGCGCGGGAGCCCCCUGUGCAGGCCAGGUUGCUCCCAGCAGCAAGCAUCACCGUGGCAGGGCAGUCCCAUCCUGCCCCGUCUCAUGCAGCCUGGAAAGACCCGGCCUUUGUUGCAGCGCAGUCUGCGCCCCUCUCUCCACGUGGACUCUGCCACUGGUACCGUCAGCUCUGCGGGGAAACCCGGCAGGCUUCCCAGGCAGGACCAGCGCCCGCAGGUUCUGGUGGCACGUGGGACCCCCCGGACGCUCGGUCAGCGUUCAAGGCUAGGCAGUGGAGUUCAAGACCUGCCACCUGAGAUCUUCAAGUGCACAAAGCCACCAGUGAAAGGGAUGGUCUUUCAGGAGGGCCUCGUUCAAACCGAGGAGAGAAAACGCUGGUGGGAAUACAAGACCAGGAGGCCUAUUUGGCCUAUGCGCCCCCCAGCACCUCCCAGAGGGCCCAAGCAAGCAGGAGCUGCGGCAAGGCCAUCACGUGGACCGGCUUUGAGCCUGGAGAACAAGGCAGACGGCAAAACUGAAACCUGCCAGCCCUCCACCUCUGGCGUCAGUGACAAGAGAGGCGCAGAGAAAUCGGACGCGCUCACUAUGGAAAGGCUGUACCGGCAGCUCCUGGUGUCCCUCAAACGGCCCAAGACUAAGAACUGAAGAGCGGCCUCCUGUAACCUCUUCCUGCACGCAGCCACCAGCGGAAGGGAUGAUCGUGCAGGAGACCAUCUUUCCAACAGAGGAGGGGAAAUGCUGGUGGAAGAGCAAGGCCAAGAGGCCUUCUGAGUAUUGCAUAGCCUCCCCAGCUCUUCCCAGAGUCUGGAUGGAAGCUGGAGCAGCUGCAGGACCAACACCAGGGCCAGCUUCAAGCCUGCAGAAGAGGGGACAGCAGAACCGAAACCUGCCAGCACCUAAACGCUGCUGUCAUUGUUAUGGAUUUGUUGCUGACGUACCAACAGAGAACUGAAUCUCAGCCCUAAGACCAUCAUUUGCAUCGUACUGUUUCAGCCUGAGGUCUUUCAGAUUGUUAAGAAGAUAACUUAAUAAAAGUCACGCUAGUCUUCA